AUGUCCGGCAUUUGGACGGAGCACAGAAAUGCUGAGGGGCGUACGUAUUGGUUCAAUACGAGCUCCAAAGAGAGCGUCUGGGAGAAGCCUGAUGCUUUGAAAACGCCAUUUGAGAAAGCGUUGAGUCAAACGCAGUGGAAGGAGUAUUUCUCUGGCGGACGCAAAUACUAUUACAAUACUGAAAGCAAAGAAUCAAAAUGGGAUAUGCCAGACGAGCUCCUGCUGUUGCUCGAGAAGGUCGAGAAGGAGAAUAUAGUCACCCAACCAGCUGCUAACCCACGCUUGGCACCUCCUAGCUUUACCCCGGGAACACAAGGUGCUUUAGUCCCUCUGGGUGGUGCAGACCCUUCCUUACAACAGAACCAGCAACCGCCUAAUGGUGUCCCUAUCACCACCGCUGUCGGACAGCACACAGGUGCACUACCGUUCACACCAGCUGCUGCAGGCAUCCUUCCCGGGCGCCCAAGCCUGCCAGAUGACCCUGUUAUUCCGCACAACGGGUUUGCGACUGUUGAGGAGGGUGAAAAGGCAUUCACGCAUUUGUUGAGAAAGGCAGGUGUUAAUGCUGAGUGGACUUGGGACCAAACGAUGCGCGCAAUUAUCACAGAUCCACUUUACAAGGCACUCAAUUCUCUGGCGGAGAAGAAGGCUUGUUGGCAAAAGUACGUGGAUGGCCUGAAAGAAAAAGAACGUGAAGAACGUGAAGCCCGACUUGCGAAAAGUAGGCCAGCUAUUCGUAAUAUGCUGAAAGGUAAUCCGAAUGUCUUCCACUAUUCCACUUUCGCUAGUGCGGAUCGCCUAUUUGCUCAGCAUCCGAUUUGGCAGCAAGCAAAGGUCGAGUCAGAACGUAGAAUGAUCUUCGAAGAGUACAUAGAUGAACUGGGGGAGAGGGAGCUCCAGGAAGCACGAGCGGUGCGUGCUCGAAGCGUUAGCAAAGUCGUCGCUUUGUUCAAAGAACUAGAAGUCGAUGUCCUGACACGUUGGCGGAGUGCGUACAAUGCACUCCUGGAGUCGGAAGCUUGGGCAAACGAUGCAGAACUACAACGCCUCCCGACACUGGACAUCCUGUUGGCGUUCGAAGACUAUGCGCGAGUUCAGGAACGUGAGUUCGAGGACAGGAUGCGACGUGAGAAUGUCGAGAAAACGCGUCGAGAACGUAAAGCACGCGAGGCCUUCAAGACUGUUUUGCGUGAAUUAGUUGAUACUGGGUGCAUCAAGGCACGGAGCAAGUGGAAGGACGUAUAUCCCGAGUUCCAAGAAGACGAGCGUUACUUGAACUUACUUGGGAAACCUGGGUCGAAUCCACUUGAACUCUUCUGGGACGUCGUAGACCGACUCGAUCAAGAGCUGGAUGCAAAAAUCGCUUUCGUCGAGAGUGCAAUCCGAAAAGUAUCGAAGGAGGACGAGGAAGUCUUCGAAGUCAAGCCGGAAACGACAGAGGAUGAUUUCCUUUCCAUUAUCACGACUGCCCGAAAGGACAACGAAAAGCUACAGGACCUCAAUGAUGAUCACUUGAAAGAAAUUUACGAAUUCCUUCACGGUGAGGCUGUCAAGCGUCAAGAAGCUGAGCGUCGUAGAGCAGAGCGCAAGCAGAGGCACAUGCAGGACGAUCUUCGCUACGCUCUGAAGAAGUUACCGGACGCGAUUGACGUGAACUUGAGUUUCGAAGACGCUGUUCCUCUUAUGCAAGAGUUACCAGAAUACAAAGCGCUAGAGGAAGAUGGCCGUCGUGCGGCAUUCGCCAAGUUUAUAAAACGACAAAAAGAACGUUUGCGUGAACGUGAGAUGUCUGAAGACGGAGGUUCGGCAACCAGCCGCAAGCGAAAAGAGCCCUCUUUACGGGACAGCGGCCGGGAGGAUCGUGACCGCGAACGACAACGUGACAGAGACCGUGAGCGAGAAAGGGACCGAGACCAUCGCGAUUACGAGCGUGAACGCGAGGACGGCAGAAGUUCAAAACAUCAUCGCCGCGGCCACGAGGCAGACUAUGAAGGCCGUCGAGAACGUGAAUAUCGUGAUCGAGACAGACUCGACCGUGACAGAGACCGUGAAUACAGGGAGAGGGACCGCGACAGAGAGAGGGAGAAAGACCGGGAUGGGUAUAGGACGAGAUAUGAGCGUGGACGGGACAGGUCCGAACGUGACAAAGAUCGCGAGGAACGGGAUGAUCGUGAGCGUCGCAGAUCAUCCAUGCCGAGACUACCGCCGGAUGACCCACACCAUGCGGAAGGGACUGGCGAGAAAAGGGAACGAGGACGGAGCGAGUACUCGGACCGCUCAGAAAAGAGAGCAAGAUAUGAUAGCCUUGAACCUCCGCGUGGAGCUCCGCCGCCACGUGAGGAGACUCCGGAAGAGGGAGAGAUUUAGCUAUGUCCUGCUUCGGUGCUCUUUAGUUUGUUAUCUUGUCAAAACGUACCGUUACGAGAUAGGAAUGG